AUGGAAGGGAAUAUUCCAUGGAUUAUUUUGUCGUUUUUAUUGUUUAUGAACAUCUGCGAAGGUAAGAUCAGUCAGUAAAUUUUGUUAAAUGCUUUUUUGCAAACUUUUGAGUCCUUGUGAAGCUGGACAUGUCUGGACAGCGCAUCCGACGAACGGUUCCCAAUAGCCUUAAUAUGGGGAUAUUAGACUCCAGUCUACUGAUGAACAGUGAUUUAUUUUAAUCAUUUGUGUUUUACUCCUGUUUUCAUUUAUUUAAGUGAGAGAAGACAUGUUAUCUAUUUACUUUUCUGAAGUAAUUACUGGAGCAUUUAAGAUAAGCUGUAAUGAUAAAAUGAAACCUUAACUACCAGAGACCUUUUUUCAGAAAUCACAUGGCAAAACCACACGCACAGAUAAGUUUUCGUGAAGAUAUCAAGCUCUUUCUGCUCUGUGAAGAAACUGUAUGUUUAAUAGCUGAUCUUUCUACAAUAGUCGGUUUUCUUUUGUUGGAGACAUGGCUGCAGACAGUUAACUCCAAGUGCUGCAGGAGCGCAUGUAACAUCCACACAUCCUUCAAACUUUGUUUAAGGAACAUAGCCUUUUUGCAGUGAUUUUUUAACAUAAAUUCUCUCUUAUAUGUAAACAUUGUGUGUGGAGUUAAGAGUUAACAUGUAAGGGUUUAAGUAGAGAGUGAUGGGCCGAGGUAAUCCCCCUCCCCUUCCAAACAAAGACCUUUAAACAACUGAAUACUCUUCCCUGAGAGACGUUAAGCAAUGCCCCUCAAAUGGCCCACUAUAGCUUACAUUAGUAUCAGGAAGAGUGUUUUCUUCCCAGCAGAUAUAAACAUAGUUUGUCAACAGGUAGGUUUAUCUGUCAAGGAAGCUGAGAAAUGAAGAGCAACAGCAAAUCAUGCGGGUGUGUCUUUGGGCUACAAGUGGCAAAGGGCUGCAGUCCUGAGAGACAUGCCUGAAUGAGUUUACUUUUGUUUAAUGUGGUCAUGAUUUUCUGCUGAGAGCACAGUGAUAAAGACCCAAACAGGAAGAGAAUUACUGAGAUUUCUAAGGAGUUUUUCAGUUGUUUUGGUUUCUAACUGUUUUCCCCAUUUCCACAGGAUUCCGUUGCUUGGAUAAAUACAGACCUUGUGAAAAUGGAGGGACAUGCUUAGACUCACCAUCUCGAUGCAUGUAAGUUUAACUCAUUGAAAGAUGUACCUGAGUUUCCUUUCAGCAAGAGCUUUGUCCUGCCUCAGUGAGAGCAUUCAACCAAAAACACAUGUACAUGUGAAAUUUAGUUAAGAGGUUUGUUAAUUAAAUCAUACAGGCAAUAUAUUGGUUCAGGGGAAAAUAGAUUUCCACUCUGUUGCAUAGAUAUUACCUGAAAUGACACACUCUCUUUGUAUCUUGUUGACUUGCAAUUUACAAUACUCACUGCAAAGUGUUGAAAGACAGGAGAAAUUGACUCAGGCUUGUGCAGAUGAGAAUCAACGAGCCACAACUUGUUUGGCUGCUACAUCAUCUCUUGCACCUGUUAAAGAGCUUUGUCAGACAUUAAUCACUGCAUCUCGCUGCACAUUGCAUCAGUACUUCACUGUUUCACGGUUGUUAUUCCUUUUUUUGUAAAGUGACAGAAGUUGAUGUAAAGGCUUCUUCUUUUUUUGAUGAAUUGUCUUCAUUUCCUGUCUGCCCUGGGCACGUUUGAGGUCUCGAAUCUUCUGACAGUGAUGAGGCUUUUGUUUUUCAAAUCUUGGCGGGGGGUUUGUGUGGGCUCCCAUUACAAUGGUCAACUCAAAUAGCCUACAGUGUCUUGCCCUGGGGUCAUUUGUCCUUUUAAAAACCCUUCAGCUAAGGGAGACAUGCCUUAGUGUUUCAGCUGGAGGAGAUACAGUCAUUCGUGGAACAAAAAGACUCUGGUUGCCAGCUGCUUCCCUCCAAAACUGGGAAUUUAUUAUUUUAUUGGAGUUGUUUGCAGUUUACAAUGCUGCAUGGGUCAAAGCUGGGCCAACACUAUGAAUGACCUUUCAGUAGCAAUGCAUGUCUGUGAUUUUUUUAUAUUUCACGUAAAAGUAAUAGCAUUGUUCUCUGGAGUUAUAGUAGCAGUUGCAUAUUAGCAAAUGUGUAACUAUGCUGCAUGUUGGACAAGUAACUACCGCCCACAUUUUUUCAAUCAUUAGCUUAAGCCAUGGAGCUAGUAAAUGUAUAAUUCUGGCAACCAGAUUUUUUUCAGCAUAUCCAUUUUUUUCUGCCAAGCAAAUCAUUUAUUUUCAUCCCACACAAAAACCGUACUUGUCUGAUAGCAGUGAACACUAACACAAAACCCUCAGAACUCAGCCUGGUUAUCUGUUGUCAUCACAUCAGUGUAGCUGUGCCAUACUAAGAAACCUUGUUAAUUCGCCUUUUGUGCUCCUUUGUGUUGUGUACAUGUAUGUGGACAUGUGUUAGGGGUGUAAAGGUUGGGCACGUGUUAUCUGGUCUAGUGCCAAGAAAAGGAAGCAGUUAAAGUGCAGAGAGAAAGGCCUGCUAAUGGAAGGGGACAUCAAAUGUCAUACCACACAGUGUAGAAAGAGUCCCAUAGCAGGGCAAAGCAGUGAAGCGGAGCGUGGCCACAUGAGAGUGGUCAGAUCAGUCGUAGACAGAGGUGAGUGGUGGAGCCUCCCCACCCCUUCCCCUGGGAUCGUACAGAAACAGGAGAUCCAAAACAGUAGAAAAGAUCCUUUCUUCUACCAGAUACCUGCCUGUAACCUGGCACCACCAGAACGGGCUGUGGAGAGGGAAAGAAGAAAGGCCACAGCAAUGCGAGGCCAAUACAGAGUUGAGAGACUGGGACAAAAUGCAGAUACAGAUACAUGUUUUGGCAUUUGAAAGGAAUUUGGAGAACCAGUAGAAAACAACCUUGCUUGAAAUGACCACUGUUCCACUGAAAUACACACAUUGUUCUGUGUGAAGAAUGUUCCUCUAUUCCUGCCUGUCCAACCACAGUGUUAUUUCAUUUUCUCUUCCAGCAAAGACCUUCUCAAGUAACAUUAAGACUGUGGCAGCUAUGGCAGCUACUAUUGUUACUGUCCCAAAUACCAGUAUAUCCUCUAUCAUGUUGGCAAACACAGCUUUGUAACCACAGUAUAGCUUUGACGUGUAAGAAAUCUCAAAUAUUGGGACUUAUAGAAGUAUGUGCCGCUCACAUACGCUUAACAACCUGAACAAAACAGUAUCUUAGCACUCACAUAAGCUGAUUUCAACUCUGCCAACACUGAAGUGACCUCAACAAAAUCUGAGAUAACUUGGUGUGACUACAGCUGCAGGAGUCUUGUCUGGGAAAAGAAGUGUAGUUUACACCUUGAACCAGUUUUCUGUUUUGAGUGGAUGUGAUUCAAGCCAAAUGUCAUAAAUAUGAGGCACAGUAGCUAAAAUGAAUUCAAUAAUGGUGAUUUCUGCUGCCAUGAAAAUGUUCCGUACCAUGCUUUUGGUUUAAAUCAAACAGACAUGUCAUGUAACUGGAGUGACUUAUACCAAACCAAUAUUAGUUGCACAUACUGGAGUGUAAAGAAAGGUUAAAACUCUGCUGACUAGAGUGUUGAACUUGACAGUGAAGGCUGGAUCGUGUCUCAGGGAAAGGGGCUUUUUAGGUGAGCAGUCAGGAAGUCCAGCUGAAGAGUCUUUGGCCCCACAACUCCACCCUGUUAACAGAGGGCUGCCGAGAGAGGGCCACAGUGGCGUCGCUGGAGGAGAGAUAAUUAGGCAGAUUGAGAGGAUGUCAUUCAGAGAAGAUCCAGCUGGAGGGAUCGGACUGGGGGUUGGGAGCGGGUACGGAGGCUGGAAAGUGGGGAGGGGGGCUGCGUAGAGGACAGCUGGUGGAUGUUGUGAUGGUAAUCCAGUGAAGUCAGAUCUUGACAAAGGGGAAAGCAUAGGGCCAGGUGCUGCCAUUGAGCAGUCAGCCGCCCCCAUACUGUGAGAGACAAGCUUGUGGAGGAAUGAAGCUGGUAGCUGCUCACAGUCCCUCUAGCACAUGUUGCUUCUCUCACUGCAGCGUCAAACAGGUCCAGUCUUUCCCUCACUGCGUGUCGUGUCAGCUCUGGCAGCUCAUCCUCAGUCUCUGUCUCUCAACACAGUGGUAGAUCCUAGAUUAUGACCGACCCCUUCCUCUGAGAUCCUUUAAGCUGAACAGAAAUCAAAACUGGAAUACUUUGCUGUUUAAUGCCAAAAGGGGGGAAAUUUAAUAAAUACUUUGCGCUGGAUCUACCACUAAAUCAUGAAUGUUUUGCAGCUCCUCGUCUCUUAAAAACAUGAAGGAAAGGGACAAAAUUGAACACGGCAGACUGGCGAGUGAAGAUCCAUGAAGGUUUAUUGUUUUAAUCUCUUUGUGUCUGCAGACUGAGUGAAAGUUUUAGAAAACAGCAAGAUUUCAAAGUAUUUUAGUACAAAAAGUAAGUUUUUUAAUCCCUAAAUGUAAGAAUUCACUCGUCCAAACCAAACUUUUGAAAUGGGAAAUGCAGCACCAAUGAAAUAAAUAGACAAAAUCAAAUGAAAACUGCAUUUUGUCAGAAAACACUUCACAAAGGACUGGAAAUAUGCCAGUGCACAUAUUUACUGGCAGACCAUAGCAAAGAGACAGAUUAUAUUGUUGUCUUAGUUCAGAGCACCUCAGGGCUAGUGUUUUCUUUGGCAUCUUUAUGGUGGAUUAGAGAGGAAUGCUUAGUAAGAUUCCUCCUGUCCCUCUGGUGCUUUCAGGUUAUUGUCCGCACCUCCCAUCCAUUCACCCUGGUAGCCCCCUUAGGAAUGCCUUUAACAACACUGUCAGCCGUGUCUCAUUGAAAAUGGGAUGCCAGGAAUGACUUGUUUGAUUUGCAAUUAGUUACUUUGCAAUUUUGUGAGGCCUCAUACGGGCCUUAUCACUCAUGCUCUCCUGACAGGCAGCUUAACCCUUUGCUACGUCAUUACUGAUCUAUUGCAGACAAGUUACUUUAAAAUGACUCGAUGAAAGAAAUCCAUGAGAGGGUGGACACUAUCUGACCCAUAGCUUGCAUCAUCAUCAUCAUAGGGGGUAGUUUGGGUUUGUUGUCCCUUCGUCUUUGUGGGUCAUGAGUGGAAACUGGGAGCUAUGGUUCCCAGGCUCCAUUGCAGGAAGUGGUGCCUUCUGACCUUGCUGCUACGCACAUCCUGUCUUAUCGGAGAAGCUUAAAAAGCUUACUCAGCCUGCCCUUGCCUCCACGUUCCCCAAUUUCCCCAAUUUUCUCCUCAUUUUGUUUUAUACUCCAUUGACAUCAUGUGGCUGUAAUUGUUAUGCUGUUUUUGUCUACGACUUUAUGUUAGACUCAAAAAAAAAAAAAAAGACCCCAAAGCCAGAAAAUUACCAUGGGGGUUGUGUAUUGAUAUCCCUCUUGAGGCCAGUGUCUUUCUGAACCCGGUGCUUAUGUAGGGAUUAGCUUGUCUGUGAUGUCUCAUCCCCUGAAAGUUGUUCUUAUUCUAACAUGAUGACUUCUGAAGAGACUUUGAGGCAGGAUUGUAAUAAAUCAGGUCUGCCAGCUAAGUUUCCCUUGUCUCUUCCUCUCUUUUGGAAGAGGAAGGGAUGGGUCCAUAAUUAAAUGAUUCAGGAAAAGACAUUCACUUUUCCACUCGGCACACUUUCCAUAGACAUCUGGCCCAUGCAGCAUUAAACAAGAACACCAAAUAAAAAUCUAAAACCUUUUCAUUUUAGUUUUCCUUAACACCUCUUUUACUGAGUUGAGAUGAUAGACAAACUUCUUCCUGUUUGACUGAGCUCAUCUUGUUUUAACCAAUUUCAUUAACUUAGGGUUUUCAGGAUGUACAAGUAAGGAAAGUCUCGGCCAAUCGAGAACAGUUUCUGUUAAUAUCAAGUUUCUUCAUCAGAUGUUGUUUAUUUUAGACUGACUGAAUGGUUCUGUGCAAACAGUCUGACUAAUAAAUACCGACACAGGCUGAAGAUCUGAAACAUAUUGUUUGUAUAAUUAAGGCAAACUUGAGACAAUGCCACGGACAAAGCCAUUGCAUUUGAUCUGACAUAUUAUACUAAGUAUGACGUCUUUUUAAUUCCAGUUUCAAAGUGAAAGGGAAUCUGUUUCAGUUUAGGUGGUUGGGUGGGGUUUUUGUGGUGAAGUUCAGUGGAGAAUUCUUUGAAAGACCCCGUCUUGGGAUUCAUGCAAUGCGGUUAUGGGCAAAUGUGUUGCUAUUUAAAAAAUGUCAAGCAGUAUUCUGCCACAUUUCUGUUGAGACUUGGAGCAAAUUUACAUUGUUGGUUUGAUCUAAAAGUGGUAAAACUUCAGCUGUUUUUAAAGCAGCUGCUUCACAACAAGAGUCUUUUCUUUCUCUUGGCGUAUCCCUCUAAAUUCUUGAUUUAUGUUGUCAAAGGAUAUAAAUCUAAGCAUUGUAGGUGAGAAGAAUGCAAGGACAGUCCUGUGAGUUUUCCUCUCAGUUGUUAUGCUGUUUUCCUUAAGAGAAAGUUAAAUCUUCUUUUAUUCACAUCUGAGGUUCAUGCUGGGGGGGUCUCCAUUUCAACACCUCAUUCUUUGUCUUGGUACCUCUACUAGCCGCAGCAUAUUUUGGACCUGAAACUUCACCCAUGAUCUGACUCCAUCAGAACCAGACUGAACUGGACAAGACACUUAGUUCUACCUGCAGAUACAGACAGCUCAGUCCCCCAAAGAGCAACUGUCCUUAUGAAACCCUGUCCCCCAACACCCCUUUUUUUCCCAGUCUAGCUCUCCCUCACCAUGGGUUACUGUUGCCAGGCUACAGCCCAGGCCUGUUCGUCCGUGUAAGCCUAGGCCUGAAAGACUAGCUGUUUGGGUCACUGCUCCCCCCCAACACUUUCAUACAAAGGAGUUCUGACUACUUUAGCUCUUUUAUUUGGGCCACAAAACGCUCCCCAACCCCCAAUCUGGCUCUUUGCUGAGAAAGGGAGAGCCAAGCUGAGGAGAGCAGAGCAGAGGAGGCUGUUUGAAGGAGGGGGAUGUGGAUGGGCUCCGGUUGGCAGUAUGGUGUCAGUAUGGACUCACAUAAAGGAGUAGAGCUGAUGCCUGCUUGCUUUUGGAAGGAGGAGUGGAGAGGAAGGGGCAGUGUUGUAAGACGUUUCCCACAGACUAAUUUCUUUCUCAUAACCCCAGGUUCAAAGGAUUUCAUAAAUCUUUUAUUUGUUCUUGUCAUGCAACAUAGAACUUAAAAUCUCGCCCCAAGUCAAAUCAUUGUUUUCUCGAUAUUGUUGCUCUUCCUCGCCAUUUGUCUCAGGAGAUUCCCUCUGCGAUAGGAGGAACCCCUUAAUAUGUGUUGCUCUGUGGAGCAUGACUGCGUGUAUGAACCGUGUCAGAGAUUACAGCCUCUUUGUUCACAGGUGAGCCACCCUUUGACCUCUGGCAGAGUAGCUGCUAUUGUGUGGGAAAGGAUGAGCUCAGGUUACCCUGCUUCAGUGACCCAGAAAGCAGGAAAACUGGAGUUGUGUUACAAAAGUACAGGUGACAGAAGCCACUUAAAGCAAAUGGUUUUGGGCAAAGGAUCCUCAGACCUGUUGCUGAAAAAUGGAGAAUCACAGCAGCGCAGAAGUAGAGUAACAUUUUAGAUAAUAAAAGACCUUUUCUUUCUUUUUUUUCCUUGAAAAUGUGUAUUGACUUCUUUCUCUGUUUUGCUUCUUUAUAAUUUUCUCUCUGGAUCUUGUCUUUCAUGCAUUCACAAUACUCUCCCUCCUCAGAGGCUGAGACUGGUCGUAAGUUUCUAUUUCAUGUGUGUUUUGGCUUGGCGUGUCCGCUGCAUGCUUUUACGUUGUAUCAGUGGUGCCUUUUUUGUACUGAUCUUUUAAGUAAAAAAGGAACUUUAAGUGCAUGUGUUUGUGAAGUAUGAUCACAUGUCUUGAGUGCUGUGAAAUGGCUUGAACGUGUGAGUGCAUGUGUUGGUUACUGGGUUUGUCCCAAAGGAGGAAUAGCACAGUUGUUUGGGCUUAAAGUCCGUCAGAAGAAGAGGUUUGCCGGACAUCCAGAAGGGGCACUGACAGAUGUGAACAGAUGCAUGGUGCAGAGGCUGCAGCUGGCAGAAGUCGUCAUAUGUGUUGACACAAAGAGAUUACCCUCUUUUGCCAUCCCUCCGCUGCACUCAAAGACCUCCUCCUCAUCUGCUGCACCCUCUUCCUCCAGGGUCAAAAGUCAGCACUCACUAAAUAUGACUCAGGGGCCCAUUGCACAACAGCAGACUGCACCUGCCCUUCACGUCCUUCACUAAAAAGGCUGGGCCCAAUGACGGCACAGUUCCUGCUAUGCUUUUUUUUUUUUUCACAAACAGCAGAAUCCACAAGGUUGUAAAGAGCCUGAUAAGGAAACUCUUGGCUUGACAAAGACAAAUAUGCAAGUCUCUCACUUGUCUGCUCUGAUAGCACUCACAUUUUGCGUGUUAUGGGAGUUGCAAUUUGGCCAUGGGUCAGGUCUAGACAAAAGAAUGUGUUUGGGCUGCUUAGUUCAGGGUGCAUUUAUAAGGAAGGACGAAUUAUCAGACAUACUUGCGUCAUUCUAAGUCACCAACAUGCACAUGCUCACAUUUAUACAAACAAAAAAGACACACAAAGAACUGCACUUUGUUCCCACUCUUCUCAACUUCAUGUAAUGCUAAAUGUUUGGGCCCCUUUAAUGCAUAUACGCAUUCACUCUGCCAAACAAUACUUUGUAAAAGACAUUAAUAGCUAUACUCCAAAUCCACAGAAGGUAACAAUCAUUACUGAAAUACAACUCUGUGUUUGGACUGAGGCUGUCUGGCUUUCAACGCCUAUCAAAUGCCCACAGCAGAGUUGUCCAAUAAGGAUUUCACUGCCAGCAUGUGUGUUGUUUUCAGCUCUAUAAGCAACUUUCUCUCUGUGUGUCUUUUCACGGCGGUCUGUGUGCCACAUUAGUGUUUAAUUUUUUAGUGGCACCCUAGAUUCCAGACAUAGUUAAUUUGCCUCUAAAUAAACCCAGCCAAGCCAUGACAAAUAGCCAUGGGGACCAAGGGUGGGGGUUGGGGAAGGGUGAUUGGUUGGGUGUUAGGCUUGCUUGUUCAUCUGUGAGGUUGCCAGGGUAACUCUCAGAACGUGCUCUCUGAGUGAGUGUAGUGUUUUUAGAGCAUGGGACGAGGGAUUACAGGAAAUAUGACAUGACAGUAUUUAUGGACAAGAGCUCUCAAUUCUCUUUUUCGCUGUACUCUGAACAAAUUCUACCUUCCAAAGACAUUCCCUCCUGCAGAGCGGCCCCACCCAACUCCCUGCAGCCUGAGUGACAUUAUCAUCACAAUUAGACGGGGGACCUCUGACAUCUGACCUCUCAGCGCUUGAGUGGAGGGGGAGGUUGUGCGGGGGAAAAGCAAAGCUACCGUUCGGGGGCUUUAAGAGGAUGUAGUAUAGCUGUAAAAACUGUGCAAACUCUUCUUUUACAGUGCUGAUUCACUCUGACUUUGUGACCAAGUUGUAGAUUCACUGUGAGAUUGAAGAUAGUUUACUGUUUAUGUGCCUUUUACCGUCUUCAAACACAAUUUUGUCCCUUUGUGACUGGCUCUUUCCUUUUUGGCCCUGUGGCUUCUCCAUUUCACUGUUGUCUUUUCAAAUUUAGACAAAGGCUAGGCAUUGGACAUUUUUUGGUUUUAAUAUUUAUGUUUUGGUUUUUGGUUUAUCUAGUUCAGAUUUCACACCACUGUCAAAAUUUAUAAACUUUUUCCCCUGCUGCAUGGAGGACACCAACAUAUACUGAACAUUAAAAGACAAUUUAAGACUUCAAUGAUUUUACAACUAUGUAAAAAAAUAAUGUUUAAAUAUUUUACUAGCCAUUUAAGUUAUCACCCGACCCUUUUUUCUUUAUUCAUAGCAGAACAGUUAGCAAAAGCACUAAUAAUAUCCAAAAACAUGGUAAAAAAAAGGAAUGAAGUAUUGCCAGUGUUGUUCCCUUAAAAAUGUGAAAUAAAACAGAGAUCAAAAGCCUCUUACUAAUACUGCCCUGGGGUUCCUCUCCAAUGAGAAAGACAGUGCCCAAGGGCAGGCCAAACCCAGUCAUCACCGCCCUGUCAUCAGCAUCAAACAGCCUGUUUGAAGCGGGGGCUUUUCUCCAUUGUGGGUGUAAAGUUACCAGUUCAUACUGGACUCCUUUGGUGAGUUCAAACUUAGUGAAAACUCUGAUAAGAGAUCUGUAUAUAUUUAUGUCAUAAUGAAGCAGGUUAGAUCUGUGUAAGCAUAAGAGUUUCACAGUAUUUUGCAUUCAGGUGUUGUGUAUAGGUCACCUAUGUUUUGGCUAUGCUCAAGGUACAUUGUGUUUUUUGUACUCUGCUAUUCAUUCUCAAUUAAUUAUGUGCAGCUAUGAUAAGCACUUUAAAAAUUCUUCUGCUUGUAGGUAAGACGUAAAACCAAAAAAAACAACAACAACAAAAAUGUGCAUCUGUAUACUAAGUUUUCCAUCAUGACAACCAGCUGUGUACAAUGUACAUCGACUAGGAAGGAGACGGAUGCGUUUUUUAUGUUUCAGCUCCACAGCUGCUUCUCCCAUUUGGUUGAUGUGUGCUGUGUGUACUCCUCACUUUUCUCAUGUCAGUAUUUGUUGGCGGUUUUUAAUUUUUCCAGACUGCUGGUUUUGGGUGUGUUCUUUCUCAUAUAUGAGAAGAGAAACAAGAGCUGAGGUGUGGAAAAACUGAAACAGUCUAGGAAUGUUAGCUGACAUGGAUUAAGUUUGGCUUUUUAUUUGGAAAUAACCGAGUGUGUUUUUUUUGUGAUUUCAGUAGGACAAACAGAAAUGACUUCCAUCCAUCUUUAUAUCCGAAAUCUGCUUUUUAGAGUGUGUGCGUGUGUGUGCCUCAUUCUAUAAACAGUGUAUUGCAUGAUUAAUGCUUGUGGGGUAAAUUGUGUAAGGACAAAUUCAGUCCAGGGCCCAAAAGUAUUUCUCAUGCCAAGGUAUGAGUAAGGCAGGGGGGCCUUGCCAAAGUGUCAUUGGGCCCUGACUGCAAAUCACAAACAUGAUGGGAAAGGGCUGUUCUGGUUUGUCACAGCUCUGUCUUAAAUUUGGUACCGCUAACUGUUUGGACCUAAAGACAUCCUAAUUUGUCUGUGUGUGCCUUUGCACACAUUUCUUCUGCAGAUGUCGCCCUGGAUUCAUUGGCCCCCUUUGUCAGCAACUGGAUCCCUGUCAUCGAUCCCCUUGUCUGAACGGAGCAGCUUGCAAGAGCCAAGUGGUCAAUGGAGUCCCCCAGUAUACCUGUGUAUGCCAGAGAGGAUUCAGAGGUACCUAUUUCACAAUCAUUAAAAGAUCAGAUCUGAAAGGAAGAAAGUUCUGACAUUGAUUUAAUACUAUUCACUUUCAAUCCCUAGGCCAAGACUGCUCCCUCAUUGAUGCCUGUGCCACAAGCCCAUGUGCCAAUGGAGCACGUUGUGCCAAUUGGAAUAACCACUACAACUGUUCCUGCCCACCUGGCUUCCAGGGAAAGAACUGCCGUAAUGACAUUGAUGAGUGCCGCAAGCCUGGCGUGUGCCUUAAUGGUGGUCUCUGCAUUAAUAAUCAUGGGUCCUUCCGCUGCCAGUGCCAACCUGGAUACAGUGGGCGCACGUGUGAGGUGUCCACUCUCCCCUGUGCCCCAUCUCAGUGCCUUAAUGGGGGAACCUGUCGACAGACCAGCGACCAUUCCUACGAGUGUGCUUGCCUUCCAGGUAUGUUUGCUCACUAUCAGCAUAACAGAGCAUGUGUGGGCACGGGCAUAAUUCUUCAGGGUCAAAGGGCAGAACCUGCUACUUUCCCAGGCCCCAGCACAUGCUUCAGAAAGACAGAUUUCCCAGUUGAUGACGUAGUUGUUAGGGCUGUAGUUCGGAUUUACUCCUUUCUCCCAGGUCAGCUUGCUGUCUGCUAUUAAUAGCUACUGUUGGGAGAUGGGAUGGUGGGAGAGUUGUAGAGGCGGCCUGCCGGCACUCUGGUCCACUCUGUUCACAACAGAAGGAAUUUAGUUUAUGGGCUUUCUGGUUUCCCACUGGGGAACUGACAGGAAAUAUCUCUUGCCAGAGAGGAAGUCAUUGAAACUGUGAGAGAUUAUAAAACAAGCAAACACUGUGGGGAGUGUGGACCUCUGGAGCAGGCAGGAGUCAUGACUGUUGCUGGCAUCGUGUGGGAACCGUCACAUGAAGAUGUAAACAAUCAGACACCCUCUGAACCUUUUUACUGCCCACAUUGCCUUGCACCUCCUCCAGUGUGGGAAAUAUGACUCAAAGUUGCAUUUAGAAGCACUUAAAGUCUGGAACCAGACGGACCGCUGAGUGUUUAAUAAACUUUCAGUGUUUGUGUAUUACUGUGUCUGUGUAUCAUAACUCUAAGUCUUUCUCCAUCUGUUUCAGGCUUUCAGGGACACAACUGUGAGAAUAAUGUAGACGACUGUCCAGGUCACAAGUGUAUGAAUGGAGGAAUUUGUGUUGAUGGAGUCAACACCUACAAUUGCCAGUGUCCACCAGAAUGGACAGGUACUGCUCUAUUUAUAUAAGAGUUUUAAUAUUUAAAAAAAAAUCAAAUGCUGUUAAGUUUAUUUGUUCUGAUACCUUAUUUCAAUCACAUCAGGACAAUACUGUGCGGAGGAUGUGAAUGAGUGUCUCAUGCAACCAAAUGCCUGCCACAACGGGGGUACUUGCUUUAACACCAUCGGUGGUCAUACCUGUGUCUGCGUCAAUGGUUGGACUGGAGAUGACUGCAGUGAGAACAUUGACGAUUGUGCCAUAGCUGUGUGCUUUAACGGCGCCACCUGCCAUGACCGUGUAGCAUCUUUUUACUGCGAGUGCCCUGUGGGAAAAACUGGUAAGUGGGUUUUUCCAUAUGAAACCUUGUGCAUCUUCUAGUUCUGGCUGCCAGUUAGAUAGGACUGACAUUAAUGUUCAUCUAUUUUUCUGCACAGGUUUGCUGUGCCACCUCGAUGACGCAUGCGUGAGUAAUCCCUGCAACGAGGGGGCAGUGUGUGACACCAACCCCUUAAACGGACGUGCCAUUUGCACUUGUCCUGCUGGCUUUGUGGGAGGUGCCUGCAACCAGGACAUGGAUGAAUGUUCGAUAGGUGGGUCUGCUUUUCUUUUACAGUGAUCCGUGAUUGAGUCAUAUGAUCUAUUUUAGUUCUGAGUGUGUUUCAUUUAGUGAUCCCAAGUUUCUUCUACACACAGGCGCAAACCCCUGCGAGCAUUUUGGGAAAUGUGUAAACACAGAGGGCUCGUUUCAGUGUCAGUGUGGUCGUGGAUAUGCAGGGCCACGUUGUGAGAUUGACAUCAAUGAAUGCUUGUCAAUGCCGUGCCAGAAUGAUGCCACGUGCCUGGAUCGCAUUGGAGAAUUCACAUGCAUCUGCAUGCCAGGUAUGCAAUCCUGUUUACUUGUAUUUAAGUUUAAGCACUUAAAAAAUAACAUAUUGUGUGUGCGUCUGUUAGCACAGUAAAGCUGGAAUCCAGUAGCAAAGUUAAAUGACUGAGUGUAUGAACUUGACCUUCUAAUCAUUAUCUUCAGUGCUGUCUUACUAACUGCCAGUGCAGACUGUUAUGUAAUAUAUUCUCUAUUGAGGGCACUGUUCCACUCCCAAUGCACUGUCCAACUAGACAGGGGUAUUACUUUGGACCAAGUGAUGGUUUAGACACUCAGUGACAAAAACACAGUGAAACUCUCACGCACAGUCCUACAUGCAUCCUGGGGUUUGGGGAACUAUACAAAUUAGAGCUGGGAGUUUGGUCUAUAGGACUGGAAGUGAGAGAGGGCCAGCAGUUAGGAGGAGGAGUGUGCAGUGAAUACUAAUGAGCAGAAGAGUGGUGGGAAUGGAGCAGAACAAUAGGGCCCCUCUGUGCUCCACUUUGCACCCCUCAUACACACAGAGAGGGAAAGAGGCCUGUUCCCAGAGCCCCCCCCACUUCAUUUCCAGAGACGGACUCUUCCUCUUUACCCUCCUCAUCAUCAGCCAGCCCCAGCAGAGCGCAUGUGGUGCUGCUGAUUAUCUCUGAAUCUGCACUGGUUUCUCCCCAGGGUCAGCACUCUGAUCUAUACUCUGUUUGAAGGAGCCCUACAUAGUUUACGAAAACAAAAUAUAUGACAUGCUACUGGUGAAUGGGACACAGACCCGGGGAGGGGAAUACUCCAUCAACAUUAGGGUGUGGUGAUUUUAGGUCAGUAGAGUGGGAACACUGGGGAUGCUCUUUUAUUCUGUCCUGUGGUUCAGAAGAGACCAGUGUCCCCCGAGAGAAAAAUUUCACACAGUUUCUUGGCUUCUUCACAAAAAGUUUAAAAGUUACACGGACUCCAUGCGAGCCUCGUUAUAUGUAUAUUCAUUUGUAAAAGUGAGUAUUUUUCAGCUGCAUAAUCACGUUUGAACUCCUCUCUUCCAGGCUACAUGGGGACUUAUUGUGAGAUCGAUGUGGACGACUGUGAGAGCAAUCCAUGUGUGAAUGAUGGCAUCUGCCGGGACAUGGUCAAUGGCUUCACGUGCACCUGCCAGCCAGGUGAGUCUUUCUUUGACUGACCCUUUUUAUUCCAUAUAUUUUUAUGUUAACAACUCCAACACAGAGAAAGCAACAGCAUUGUCAGCAAGCAAAGUUUAAAUGUCCCCACAACCAGACAAGGGAGGGCCAGACUUGCUACGUCUGCCAAUAUGUAGAUCCACCACUCAUAUAAAAAGACAGGCCCAAAAAGCGGCCUAUCCUCUACUCUUGCCAGAACAAAGACACUAUUGUGACCCUCACCCCCUCCUCUGUGGAAUGUGGAAGGGACAGCAGUCUCCCUCAUCCUGCCCUGGUGGUGGUGAGCAACAGCAGUCCUGCUAAUGAGAUUCUUUUCCAGGUCCGCAAUUUACAUCUGGGACAGACGUCCCCCCUCCACCCCCCAUCUCGCUAUUGAGUCAGUGGAGCUGCUGCAGGAAGGGGUGGGGGUCUCCCUAAAAGAGAAAACAAUCCCACCGUCUCCUCUCCCCUCUACCCUCCCUUUUUGCAGCCCGAGAACCAACACACAGACUAUCUUGACACUGUUAAUCAACUAAGCAGUGUGCUACCAAUGCACCAAUUCACCCCUGUCUGGGUGCUGUGCCCAUUUAUUUCAAGCCUGCUCAGUUUCUUCAGCUUUUCCAAUUAGAAAACCAAAGUACUGUCAAAUUUAAAUAAUAAUAAAAAUAAUACUAAUGAUAAUAAUAGCAUAAAUAAAAUGAUUAAAAAAAUCAUAAAAAAAUAAUAAUAACAACAACAAUAGUAGGUAUAAUAAUGGCAUAUUAAGUUUAUGAAUGUGUUAUUGAUAAUUAUUUCCAAAUCCGCUUUGAAAGAGGUGAUUAGUUCCUCCUUAAAAAUGUUCUUAGGUCAUUGGCUUUGCUUUGUGUUUUGUCGUGGUCAUCUCGGCAUCGGCUCAAGUGCAUGGACGACAAGCUCUUAACCAGUCAAGAUUCUCUCAAAGUCAACCUCAGCUCCACAUCACCAACCUACCCAAGACCUCUGCCCUUCUUAGAGGAGACAGAACUGCCCUCUGACACGAGUACGGACCCUUCCACUGGACGUCUCUCUGACCCCUAACCUCUAUGUUUGUAUGUCCCAGGGUUUACUGGCACCAUGUGUCAGAUCGACAUAGAUGAGUGCGCCAGCACACACCCUGCCAGAACGGAGCAAAAUGUUAUGACCGCCCCAAUGGGUUCGAGUGCCGCUGUGCUGAAGGUAAGGGCUCCUCUACCUAAUAGCUGUAGGUUGGUAAUUGUUCGAAAGCACAGAGUUUGUAAUAUACCCCAGGCAGAGGGGUAGACGAUUCUUAACCACUUGUGGGUUGUGUCGGUCUUUGUUUAGUGCUGAGUGUUUUGAGGGGUCAGCUUUUUCUCUGAACGUCUGCUGGCCAAGCAGACUGACUUGAGGCCCCUAAUCCCACUCUUUUCCUCAUUGGGUCUCAGGAUCAUGGGGUCACUGAGGACCAGCAGUUACCAAGGAAUGAGUCUUGGUCAUCACCCCGACAUCUGUUCAUCUUUUGAACCCCCCUCAGACAAAACCACCUUAUGCUGCAUCUUAGCUCUCAUUCUUCCACAGUCAGUCAUAUCCAUGAUCAAAAAAAAGACCCAAACCCAGUCAGCUAUUACAAAUCUUAUGUAAAAAAAAAAAAAAAAGUGCGUGUAGUCGUUGGCAGUAUGUACAGAUGGAUAUUUAAGAUGUUUGUGUGAAUGUAUGCCUGUGUAGGAGCCUGCUUCAUUGUUUCAGUAGCCAGCUGCUUGGUAUUCCCUGUGUUUGUGGGCCCCUUCUGUUCAGUGAAGUGGUCCUGUUUGACAUGGUGCAGUCCAUUGUUCCCUCUGCCUCUGAGAACAAAAGCAGGACUGGGGGCCUGCUUUACCCAACUCAGCAUUGCACCACACUCGUCAUUGCACACAAACUUCCCAACACAGAAACUAAGGACACAGAAACCUCAACCAUCAGAUCCCAGAUCCAUUCAAGAUAUUUUUAAACAGAAACUCUGAAAGAAGGAAGUCUUCAAAAGCAAUAAGUGCUCUCAAGAAAGAGAUGAGGAAGAAAUUAAAUAGAUAUAUUAGAUAUAUGUUUGUUCAUGAGAUGACUAUUUGUUCGGGCUUUGAUAUAAAUGUAUGUUUUUCUCUUUAGGGUAUGAAGGGACUCUCUGCGAAAGUAAUAUCAACAACUGCCAACCAGAUCCAUGUCACCAUGGUACUUGUGUAGAUGGCAUUGCCAGUUACACCUGCAACUGUGACGCUGGUUACACAGGCUAUCGCUGUGAGAACCAGCUCAAUGAGUGUCACAGCAACCCCUGUCAGAAUGGAGGAAAGUGUGUGGACUUAGUCAACAAAUACAUCUGCCAGUGCCAACAUGGAACCUCAGGUAAGUGAGGAAAACCCUGGAAACUCUGAUCAGACCUUUUUUAAUUACACAUUUAAAAAUUUAUAGAAAGCAAACAUUUGUAGUGAAUGUCGAUGUGAAACUUUUAGAUUAAUCUCGUUGUACGUUUAUGCUGAAAAUUAAGUAGGUUUCGAGAAUAAUAACAAAAUGUAACAGAAAAAAUACUCUUUUUUUAACACAGGCACAAACUGCGAGAUAAACUUCGACGAUUGUGCCAGUAACCCAUGUGACUACGGCAUAUGCAAAGAUGGCAUUAACCGCUACGACUGUGUUUGCAAACCUGGCUUCACCGGUAAGACCCUCUCAAAAUCAAAUUACAAUUUGGAGUUAAGAAACGAAAAGGCCUCUAACAAAUGGUUUUUUUUUUGUUUUUUUUUUACUGUCCUUCUAGGUCCGAAAUGCAAUGUGGAAAUAGACGAGUGUGCAUCUAGUCCUUGUAGAAAUGGAGGUACAUGUGUGGAUGAAGAGAAUGGAUUCCAUUGCCAGUGUCCAGAGGGUUUUAAGCCACCUUACUGCUACUCUCAGGUGGACGAGUGUGGAAGCAGUCCUUGUGUGCACGGCUCAUGCAGGGAUGAUAUCAAUGGGUAUGAACUGUUACAGCUUCAAUUCAAAGUUGCUCACGUGACUUCAAACUUGGCAUGAUCUCUUUGCUUGUCCCACAGGUUGUGACGUGUAUAUUAGUCUCUGAAUCAUAAACUGGAUUUGUGUUUUCGCAGUUAUCGCUGUGACUGUGAGCCUGGAUGGGUGGGGAAGAAUUGUGACCUUGAUAGAAACGAUUGCCUGCCGAGCCCCUGCCAGAAUGCUGGCACAUGCAUUGACCAGCUCAAUGGCUUCACCUGCAAGUGUCGUCAAGGUUUUAGAGGUGAGAGAGCGCACAACACAAACUAACAUCAGCCCUUUACAUCUAUGCAUGGAAUCAGAGAUAGGAAACUUACAUGUACAUCACAUUCAUGAUUUGUAAUUGUCUCGCAGACAUGGGUGCAAUGUUAUAUCUACAAUAUUCACAGCAUUUUCUUCACCCUGUCCAACUUCUGGUUGACUAUCAUUUACCACCCCCUAGUGGUGUAAAAUAUGUAUAUACAUUCAUUUGAGUCAGACAAGCCUUAAACUUGAGUGAUAAUAUCCUCUCCAUUCCUCCAACAGGUAACCUCUGCCAGGUGAACAUCAACGAGUGUGCAUCAAGCCCCUGUCUGAACAAGGGCACCUGUGUGGACGGUGUGGCAAGUUUCACCUGCAUCUGUGAACUUCCAUACAGUGGGCCCACUUGUGCUGAGGUCCUCACUCCUUGCUCCCCUAAUCCCUGUGCCAAUCAUGCCAUCUGCACACACACACCGGACUACUUGGGCUAUCAAUGUAACUGCCUGCAAGGAUGGCAAGGUAAGAAAAUUUUAUACUUGGGAUCCGAGAAACUGCUUAUCUGUAAAACAAACAUAAAUUAUUUGAAAGCACAAUAUCUUGUAAGCUCAAGUAACAUUUGAUGUAUUUCUCUCACCUAUUUUAGGUCAACUGUGUAACAUAGAUGUGAAUGAAUGCAUCUCAAACCCCUGCAAGAACCGUGGGACGUGCACCAACACACUUGGAGGCUUUGUGUGCUCCUGUAGAGCAGGGUACACUGGGCUGACCUGUGAGACUGAUAUCAAUGACUGUUCGCCAAGUAAGUAGCUGUGUAAACUUAGCGUGCUUAAAUACUGUGUAAAUAAUCUUAUCCUGCCUAAUUCAAUAACCAUCUCCUCUGAAAAUAAGUUAUUUUUGUGUAUUUACUCUACUUGACCAAAGUUGUUCCCUCCCUUUGUGUCAACAGAUCCAUGCCUGAGCGGAGGUUCCUGCACAGAUGGCAUAAACUCCUUCCACUGUAGCUGCCUGGCAGGCUUCACUGGGCCUCGGUGUGCCCUGGAGAUCAAUGAAUGCCAGAGUUCCCCCUGCAAAAAUGGAGGAACAUGCACAGACUAUGUCAACUCUUACACAUGCACAUGUAGACCCGGCUAUACUGGCAUCCACUGUGAAACUAACAUCCCCGACUGCACUGAAAGGUGAGCUUGUGUUAGUGUGUUGAGUCAAUGAGGUAUCUCAUGUUGUACUUUCUGCAUCAGCUCUUAAGUUCAUCCACAUUCAUGUCCACAGUGUGUUAUUUUUCUUUAAAUUUAACUCUGUAAUUUUCUCAUUGCUGCAGUUCUUGCUUCAAUGGAGGGACCUGCACAGAUAAAAUCAAUGGGUACUCAUGUAGCUGUCGCUCAGGCUUCACUGGCUCCCACUGUCAGUAUGAGGUCAAUGAGUGUGACUCUCAGCCCUGCCUCAAUGGAGGCAUCUGUCAAGAUGCGUUGGGGUCUUUCCGUUGCUCAUGUCCAAAGGGGUACACAGGCAAUCGCUGUCAGGUAUACAAAACUCACUACUACACUUAUAAUCUUUUAUUAAAUCUUGACUCUUCAUAGCUUUUAUUAUUUUCAGCUGAUAGAUAAUGACUUUUUUAUAUCUCCCACUUGCCUAUCAGACGCCAGUAGACUGGUGCAGACGUUCAUCUCCAUGUCAAAAUGGGGGACGCUGUCGCCAAAAGGACGCUUCAUUUAUCUGUGACUGUACCAAUGGCUGGUCAGGACGUUACUGUGACAUCCCAAGGGUCUCUUGUGAGACAGCUGCCCGCCAAAGAGGUAUCCGUUUGGUCUUUGGAUUAUGACAUUUGAGAUUUUUUCAAUAUUGUGAAUAAUUUUUAUGAUUUAUUGUGAAUGAAAUUAAACUUUUUGUCUAAUCUGUUGUAACAGGGAUGCAGACAGAUGACCUAUGCCAUCAUGGUGGUCACUGUGUCAACACAGGGAAUGCCCACUUUUGUAAGUGUCCAACCGACUACACAGGAAGCUAUUGUGAAAGCCAAGUGGACCACUGUGAGGACAAACCCUGCCGCAAUGGCGCCACCUGCAGGGGAUACGUUGGUGGUUACCAGUGUGACGUAAGUCCAUGUUUUGUUGAUUUUACUAAGUCAUUGUUUACAUGGUUUAAAAACGUGGAGAGGAUGUAACUAUCAUGUGUUUACCAUUACAGUGUAUGCCAGGCUACACUGGGCAGAACUGCGAGAUAGAGAUCAAUGAGUGCCAGUCUCAUCCUUGCCAAAAUGGAGGUACUUGCAUUGAUCUGGUGGGACAUUACAUCUGCUCCUGCCCCCCUGGCACAUUAGGUAUGCAAGCACUUAUAAAACAGGAAUUAACCUUUACUUUUCACAAAGAGAUUUGACAAUAUGUGACUUGAAGAUGGUAAAUAAAUGUAUAUUUAAUUAUCAACCCCUCCAAAGGUGUCCUCUGUGAGAUCAAUGAAGAUGACUGUGCUCCACCCCUGCGGCUGCGCAGUACUCCUCCUAAGUGCCUGAACAACGGCACCUGUGUGGACAGAGUGGGUGGAUAUCGUUGCAAUUGUCCUCCCGGAUUCACAGGAGAAAGAUGCGAGGGAGACAUAAACGAGUGUCUCUCGAAUCCUUGCAGUCUCUCCAACAGUCUUGACUGCAUCCAGUUGCCAAAUGACUACCAGUGUGUCUGCAAACCUGGCUUCACAGGUUAGAUAACUUUGACUUCUCACUGUGAAUUUUUUUGUGUAAAUACACUCUCUUGAAAUGUUAGAGUCUUACAGUGAUGUGAUUUUUAGGUCGGAGGUGUCAGAGCAGGUACAGUGUGUGCGAGUCUCAACCAUGUCAGAACGAAGGAGCCUGUUCUGUAUCCAGCAGCUCUUCACUCGGAUACAUUUGCACGUGUCAGCUUGUAAGUGCACAUUCACAUUGGAUUUUCAAAAACUUGGUUUUAACUUUUGUGCAUUGCAGUUUCAGCAUAUUGUUGUUUGGAAACUUUAGUAAAUAAUUGGAUACAUGGUGUUUUUUUUUCAGGGGUUUACUGGGCCUAAUUGUGAAAGAAGCAUGUCAUGCCGAGAGCUGCCCUGCUACAACGGAGGCAGCUGUGCACUUACCACAAGAGGGGCACGCUGCACCUGUGUACCUGGUUUUGGUGGGCCUCAGUGUCAGCAUCGUAGUAAUGAAGGCUGCUCCUCCCAGCCUUGCAGGAAUGGAGGGCUAUGCACUGAAGAGACCAGCUUCCCGUUCUUCCACUGCCAGUGCCCCAGUGGUUGGACGGGUAAACGGUGUGAGCAGAGCAGUAGAGCCCUAAGUCCCUCCUGCCCUCUGGCUGACUGUCCUAUGAAAGCCAAUGACAGCGUCUGCGACAGGGAGUGCAACACAUUUGCUUGUAGCUGGGAUGGGGGAGACUGCUCUCUUGCAGUUAACCCUUGGGCUCGUUGUGCAGACCCUCGCUGCUGGCAAGUCUUCAACAACAGCCACUGUGAUGAAUCCUGCAACACUGCUGAAUGUCUCUAUGACAACUUUGACUGCAAAAGCAAGGAAAAAGUUUGCAAGUGAGUCUUCUUUAAAAUAAUCCUUUUUACAUGCUCCUUACCGAGAAACAUAAGACAACUGAAGCUAAUCCAUAUGGUGUUUCAUUUUCAGUCCCAUAUAUGAAACCUACUGUAUCGAUCACUACGCUGAUGGACGAUGUGACCAGGGAUGUAACUCAGAGGAGUGUGGUUGGGAUGGCUUGGACUGCGCAAAGGAUGUUCCAGAAAACCUUGCUGAUGGCUCUUUGGUUUUGGUAGUCCUUCUGCCUCCAGAGGAGCUUCUCCGCACCAGCACAGCUUUCCUGCAAAAGUUGAGUGCUAUCCUACACACGUCGCUACGCUUCCGUCUGGACCGCAAUGGGGAAGCCAUGAUCCGCCCGUAUACCCGCAAAGAAGCACGACUCAAGCGUGAGCUGCAGCCUCAACAGGAGGUCAUCGGGUCAGUGGAGUUUUUGAUAAACAUAAAGGUUGGUGUCUUUCUUGUUGAUAUGAAAUGACACUAAACACUUGCCUUUCUGUUUCUCCUUCAGCUCUGUAGUGUACCUGGAAAUAGACAACCGUCUGUGCUCACAGGGGUAUGAGGACUGUUUCCCUACAGCAGAGACUGCUGCAGACUACCUUGGAGCCCUGUCAGCUGUGGAAAUGCUCCGCUUCCCUUACCCUCUCAAAGAAGCCCGGGGUGAGUAGAGAUCCAUGAAGAGCAUAAAAUGAUCUUGUCAGAGUUGAGUCUCAAAAUAAUCAAUAACUGCUUUGUUUCCUCACCACAGCUGAGAAGAUACCAGUUGAAGUCCCCAUACCUGAAUGGGCCAAGCUGAUGCUGGUGGGGAUAGUCUCUCUUUUCGUGUUGAUCAUCCUCGUCAUAGGCAUGUUGAUCGCUCGCAGAAAGAGAGAACAUAGCACUCUUUGGUUCCCCGAGGGCUUUUUCCUUAAAAAGGAGCCCAGCAGCAACAAGAACCGCAGAGAACCUGUGGGUCAGGAUGCUCUGGGAAUGAAGUAAGUUAAGAAUGUGUACCCCGAUUGAAGUUUUAAACUGUAUUCAAACUGCUAGCAUUGUUUAACGUAACCAUUCUUGAUAGGCACAUGACAAAAACUGUGGAGGAAUCUCUUCUUGGAGACCACAGUGACCAGUGGAUGGACUCAGACUGCCCGGAGGCUAAAAGGCUAAAGGUCAGUAGCAUACUUCCAUACAUUCACAAAACCUUUCAGAUACUUUCAAUAGUUUUGUUAUCAGGAUUUAAAGCAGAGGAUAAAAACUGACUUCUUUGGCUCUGUGAGUUUAGGUUGAGGAGCCAAGUAUGCUCUCAGACAGUGAAGAUGCGGUGGACAGCAGGCAGUGGACACAGCAUCACCUCGCAGCUGCAGAUAUCCGAGUGCCGCCCACCAUGGCCCUCACACCACCUCAAGGAGAGUUUGAGAGUGACUGCAUGGAUGUUAAUGUCCGAGGCCCAGGUAGGAUGGAGUUACAAUCUAAACUUUGUGAACUGCACGUCUGUAGUUGUUGAAUAUUUUCUUUUGCUGUUGAUCAGAUGUAAACUCUGCUUUUUUUCAUCUCCCAAUAGACGGUUUUACACCCCUGAUGCUGGCAUCGUUCUGCGGAGGCGGCUUGGAGCCUGAAAUAACAGAGGAAGAGGAAAACGAAGAGUGUUCUGCCAACAUUAUCUCUGACCUCAUCUACCAGGGCGCAUCCCUUGCUGCCCAAACAGACCGCACUGGUGAGACAGCGCUUCACUUGGCCGCCCGCUAUGCCCGUGCUGAUGCUGCUAAAAGGCUGCUGGACGCUGGGGCAGAUGCCAACGCCCAGGACAACACAGGCAGAACACCCCUGCAUGCUGCAGUGGCUGCUGAUGCACAGGGUGUCUUCCAGGUAAAGAAAUAUCAACAUGUACCGUUUCUAUCCAUAUAAGUGAAAGUGUUUCUGACUUUUUCUAGGUUUUAGCAUGUAUUUCAUUAAUCAAGUUGUAAAACCAUUCUUUGCAAACCCCUAGAUUCUGAUCCGAAACCGGGCUACAGAUCUUGACUCUCGUAUGUAUGAUGGCUCCACUGCACUGAUCCUGGCUGCUAGGCUGGCAGUUGAAGGCAUGGUAGAGGAACUCAUCACUUGUCAUGCUGAUGUCAAUGCCGUUGACGAAUUGGGUAAGUGUGUGUACUUUUUACAGAAUUGAUUUUUCGGAUGUGGGUAUUUGGAUCUUGUGAUAAUGAUUAAACCUUUAAUGCGCGAUCUAAUUGUUGGUUGUCACUUUUAGGUAAAUCUGCUUUGCACUGGGCUGCUGCUGUAAACAAUGUGGAUGCCACUGUUGCCCUGCUUAAGAAUGGUGCAAACAAAGAUAUGCAAGAUCUUAAGGUAUGACAUUCACUUUAUACACUUCACACUCAUAAUUUUGCGUCCAUACAGAUAGAAAUGAGUUGUGUUGUUUGGUCCCUAAUGCAGCCUCUGUUUGUCCUUUGCUCUGUUGUGCAGGAGGAGACUCCUCUGUUCCUUGCAGCGCGUGAAGGCAGCUGUGAGGCUGUCAGGGUGCUCCUGGCUCACUUUGCAAACAGAGAGAUCACAGACCAUAUGGACAGGUUGCCAAGGGAUAUUGCUCAGGAGCGUAUGCACCACGACAUUGUGCAGCUUCUUGAUGAGUACAACACAGUAAGGAGUCCCCAGGGCCAUGGAGGGGCUGGACACCACCUAACUGGAGGACACACUUUGUCUCCCCUCAUGUGCCCUCCCAGCACCUUUCUACCUAGUUUGAAGAACACCCCACAAGGCAAGAAAAACCGCCGACCUGGGGCCAAGGGUUCCAGCCUGGGAGGCCAGCAUGCUGCCAGUCUGAAGGAGUCUGUCAAGGCCCGCAACAAGAAACUGACCUUAGACAUGCAGAGCGCCUUACUGGAGAGCUCAGUUACGCUGUCUCCAGUUGACUCACUGGACUCACCCCAUGGGGGAGCAAGCAAUGCGGGCUACAUCACCAACCCAACUUCCCCUGUAGCAAUGCCAUCACCAGGGCUCUUCCACACCUCCAUGUCAGUCCCAAACACCCCAAUGGUACACAGUAGCAUGCUGGAGGGAAGUGGCCCCUUUGCUGUGUCUCUAGCACAACUCAAUGACCUUGGAGCUGGUGGGAUGUCCAUGCAGGGUCGUGUCUCCAUGGCUUCAGAUGUCAGCCAUGGCUAUGUGCUGAGUCCAGGCCAGAUGGGGCUUAACAUGGGCAUGGUUAGUCCUGUCAGUGUGCCCUUUGACUGGCACAACCGAAUGCCUGCCUCCCAGUGUGGUCAACAAGUCGUGAGUCUUGUGCAGAGUAGCCAGGCAGGCAUGCAUCCACAGAACCCCACCAUGCAGCAGAAUAUGUUGAUGCACCAGCAGCAGAUCUUCCGUAAUCCCAUGCUACAGCCAACUCCUGUUACCUCCACACCUACGGUCAGUCCUGUAAAACUGCCCUCUAUCGCAGAGCACCAGAAACAGCAACAACAACAACAGCAGCUUCUCAAUCACUCCAUGACCAACCAGCAGAGCAUGGCUCGCAUGGGCACCUCCACGCCACCAACGCCCCAGACCUCCCAGCCACCACCACCGUUCUUCCAGCAGCAACAAAUGCCUCAGCAACCUUCUCAGCCCCAGCCUCCCACACAGCCACCACAGGCAGCAACGCCAGCAGCCCCGCCUACUCAGGCACUGCCCCCCCAGCCUGGUAGCAGCACUACAGGAACAGAGGAUUACCCCACCCCUCCAUCCCAGCACAGCUACUCAUCCGCACUGGAUGCUACACCUAAGCAUUAUCUUCAUCUGCCCAGUGAGCACCCCUACUUGACCCCAUCCCCGGAGUCUCCUGAGCCAUGGUCCAGCCCUUCCCCUCACUGUGUCUCUGAUUGGUCAGAUUCCACGCCCAGCCCAGCAGUUGCUGGUCCUGCCCAGACCCAAAUUACUCAAAUCCCAGAGGCCAAUGGCAAGACGCAGGUGUUUGCAUGA